UCUGAUUAAACAGUAAACUGUAUUCUGAGAUAAAGCCAAAUACACAAAGAGCACCCUCUGCUUUCUGGUCAGAACAGAACACUCUGGAUGGAAGUGGUUUUGAUUGACUGCUUCUCUGUCUGGGCCAAUUGCUCUAGAUACCAGGGAAUCAGGCACGUGGAAUCAUGUCUGGGAAACCCAAGCUGCACUACUUCAAUGGACGUGGCCGCAUGGAACCAAUACGAUGGCUCCUGGCAGCAGCUGGGGUUGAGUUUGAAGAAUCUUACCUGGAAAAAAAGGAGGAUCUGACCAAGUUACAGAAGGAUGGAUCCCUGCUCUUUCAGCAAGUGCCAAUGGUAGAGAUUGACGGGAUGAAGCUGGUGCAGACCAGAGCCAUUUGCAACUACAUAGCAACGAAGUACAACCUCUACGGGAAGGACGUGAAGGAGAGAGCCCUAAUUGAUAUGUACGUGGAAGGAAUGUUUGAUCUGAAUGAGUUGCUCAUGAUGUAUGUUAUGCAACCAGCAGACAAAAAGGAGGAAUAUUUUGCAAAUAUGAUGGACAAGGCUGAAAACAGAUACUUCCCAGCCUUUGAGAAGGUUUUGAAAGACCAUGGAAAAGACUUUCUGGUCGGCAACCAGCUGAGCAGGGCAGAUGUUCAAUUACUUGAAAUUAUUUUAAUGGCAGAGGAGUACAAACCUGAUACACUUGCCAAAUUUCCCCUCUUGCAGAGCUUCAAAGCAAGAAUAAGCAAUAUCCCCACAAUAAAGAAAUUCCUGCAGCCUGGCAGCCAGAGGAAACCACGAAUAACAGAGGAAGAUGUCGCCAGAUUAAUUAAAAUAUUCCGCUCUUGAGCAGCAGUCUAAACCCAUACAAGCUGUAUUUCAUUGUAUUUGCUGUUAGUGACAAAGUGAAAUUAAUGGAAUGAGUGAAAAAGAAAUAGAGUUUUGUUCUCUCUUUCCUUAGCUACAGGGCUGGUUUUAGCCUACAGCAGACACUUCAAUGUAAAGCUACAUGAGCCCACCAGCAAAGGCAAUAGUUCACUAAAGAAGGGAUAUACUGGAAACCACAGGAUGCCUUAAAUAACUAAAGAGAAUACCUGAAAUAAAUUUUUACUCUUGAUACUCAAAA